AUGGCGGCAAGUGGAUUCGGCCUCGGCGACAGCCGCCUCUUUCGUAUCGUAGACCGUGUAUCUGGCUUAAGGCUCCUGGUCGAUACGGGCGCCGAGGUCAGCGUCAUCCCCGCCGGUGCGCGCUAUUCCCGUUCCCGACAACCUUGCUCCACACUCAAGGCCGCCAACGGUUCCAUUAUCCCGGUUUAUGGCCAGCAGUCGCUCACUCUCAACAUUGGGCUCAGAAGAGACUUCCGAUGGCUUUUCCUGCUUGCAGACGUCACACAAGCCAUCCUCGGAUCCGACUUUUUAAAUCACUUCAAGUUGCUGGUAGACGUUCACGGGAAGCGUCUGAUCGACAGGACUACUUCCUUGUCAGUGCACGGACUACGUCUAUCGACUCCACCGUUGCGUGUCUUGGCCUGUGCCGUGCCUGAAUCACCAGCUGAAUCACCCUUCGCCGCCAUACUGAAGGAAUUCCCGGCACUCACCCAGCCACCUGACUGGACCAAGCCUGUGCAGCACGACGUGGUCCACCACAUCACCACCCGUGGCCCACCGGUCCACUUUCGCCCGCGUCGUCUGGCACCCGAGAAGUUCCGGGUAGCCAAAGCAGAAUUCGACCACAUGCUUGAGCUCGGAAUCGUCCGGCCGUCAUCAAGCACCUGGUCGUCGCCAUUGCACAUGGUGCCCAAAAAGACCGGAGAUUGGAGACCCUGGAGGGCGCCACAGUAUUCUCCAAAAUAA